AUGCUGAAAUAUAUUAAUGGCGAAAGAGUGUAUCGGUAUGGAGAUAAGAGGUCGGGGUUUACUACUAGAGGACCACCUCAGGACUAUUAUCAACUCAGAGAUGCAUGUCUCAAAGGGGGUGUCCUUUUUGAAGAUCCAGAAUUUAUUGACGAUUUGAAAGGAUGCGAAUGGAGACGACCUACUGAAAUAAGUAAACGUCCCAAAUUCGUUGUUGAUGGAAUAUCACGAUUUGAUAUUAUUCAAGGAAAUUUAGGGGAUUGUUGGUUUUUAGCAGCAGUUGCUAAUUUAACAAUGUACCCUGAAUUGUACCAACGGGUCGUACCCGAUGAUCAAGAUUUUGAUGAAAACUAUGCAGGAAUAUUUCAUUUUAGGUUUUGGCAAUUUGGAAAGUGGGUAGAUGUGGUCGUCGACGAUCGUCUUCCGGUUGAAAACGGCAAAUUAAAAUUUAUGUGCUCCACAACAGAUGAAUUUUGGAGUCCACUUUUGGAGAAAGCUUUUGCCAAGCUCAAUGGAUCGUAUAAGGUUUUGGACGGUGGCUGGACUUCGGAGGCGAUGCAGAUUUUCACUGGAGGAAUUCGUCAACUUGAUUAUAUAAAUCAAAUGCCUUUCAAAACUAUUCUUCAAGCAUAUGAAAGGGGAAGUCUGAUGGGAUGUGCGAAAACGGACAUUAGAGGACGGGAAGCAUUGACUUUCCAGAAUUUAGUUGGAAGUCAUGCUUAUAGUAUUACUAAAGUGGCUACUGCAACAACUAUUUCUAAGAGAAUUGUCAAUUUGCUUCGUAUUCGAAAUCCAUGGGGAAAUGAGAUCGAAUGGAAUGGGCCAUGGAGUGACGGGUAA